UAGAACGCACAUCACAGACAGUGUUAACAUCAGAAAACCCGGUUAAGUUUAUCUUCUGAUUAGUGUUGAGUCUUAUGCACCUUUGUCUUGCAGAAAAAGAACAGCAGGAAGCAAUUGAACAUAUUGAUGAAGUACAAAAUGAAAUAGACAGACUUAAUGAACAAGCCAGUGAGGAGAUUUUGAAAGUAGAACAGAAAUAUAACAAACUCCGCCAACCAUUUUUUCAGAAGAGGUCGGAAUUGAUCGCCAAAAUCCCAAAUUUUUGGGUAACAACAUUUGUCAACCAUCCACAAGUGUCUGCGUUGCUUGGGGAGGAGGAUGAAGAGGCACUGCAUUAUUUGACAAGAGUUGAAGUGACAGAAUUUGAAGAUAUUAAAUCAGGUUACAGAAUAGAUUUUUAUUUUGAUGAAAACCCUUACUUCGAAAAUAAAAUUCUCUCCAAAGAAUUUCAUCUGAAUGAGAGUGGUGAUCCGUCUUCAAAGUCCACUGAAAUCAAAUGGAAAUCUGGAAAGGUAUUUGAGGAAUUGUUGACAAAAAUAUCAUUUUGUAUGUUUUGGUUUAGUCGAACCAUUUACCAAUACUGGUGCUUUGGUAAUGUGUUAAAUGCAAAUCCUUAAGAUAAACUCCAGUGU